AUGCUCUACCAACUGAGCAAAGGAGGCCCAAGAUCGCCCUGUGCCGUUUCCUUCGCUGCUGCGGCAGCAGCGGCCUUGGUGAAAAGGGGAAAAAAGGCAGCGCCCAGCACUGAGGAUCCCAUUUUUCGAUGGCUCAGCAAAGUUCUGGCCAAGAAAAACCUUGGGCAGGUCUUGGACGCAGGUACAGGUCCGGACUCCCUGACAUGGCUGGCGCGACAGGAGGCGGAAUCCUUGACGGCGGUCACCGCCUGUGAUGGCAUGUAUGCAACGCUAGAGGAUGAGGUUAUGGAUUUCUUGGACCCUUCACGCGACGAGGUGCUUGUGGGCAACUGGAAGGACGAAGAGUUUUUGGCACGGAAGAGCUUCGACGUGGUCUUAGCAGAUUAUUUGGUGGGAUCCGUGGACUUCUUCGCACCAUACUUCCAGGUGGGCCUCCUACGUCGCUUGACUGCCCUGACGAAACCUGGCGGUUUGCUGAUUCUGGUGGGCAAAGAACCACAGGAGGAGCUUAGCUGUGAGGAUCCAACCUCUCAACUGGUCUUGGAUGUGGAAUGCUUCCGAGACGCCGUGAUGAUGCUGGGAAGGCAACGACCCUACAGGGAGAUGCCGCGGCGCUGGUGUGCCCAGCGUCUGGGCCAGGACUUCGAACUUCUCAAGGACGACGAGGACGACGAGGACGACGAGGACGACGAGGACGACAAGGACGACAAGGAUGACAAGGAGGACGAGGAGGAGGAGGAGAGGUCCUGCUUUCUCUCCAAAUCUUCCGCGUCGAAGCUUGAGUGGUGCGGCCACAAGCGCCUUCAGCACCAUGAGCGGAGCCGCUGCGUGCCGAUGGCUGAAGCCUUCAAGGGCAAGUCCGUGGCUCUUUACUUCGCGGGCGAGUGGUGUCCCAUGUGCACAGCCUUCACCCCGCAGCUCACAGAGUUUCUGGCGAAGAACGGGGAGAAGAGUGCUGUCUUGGUGAGUAGCGACUUUACCCAGGAGGCUUACGAAACGCACCGUGGCCAUUUACCAUCCUCCAUGAUGGCAGUCCCCUACGGCACCGAGCUACAGGACGAGUUGAAACGGAAGUUCCGCCUCUGGGGCGGCAAGGAGAAACCGACCUUCGGCGAGGGCCGCCGUGGUGGCAUCCCGGCCUUGGUGGUGAUCAACGAAGCUGGUGAAGAGGUGAAGUAUUUGGAUGCCGAGUCCAAGGGUGCUGGAGCGCUGGGGGAAUGGUAG